AUGCUUCAAACGCUCCAUCAUCAUCCCCGUCCCAAAACCAAGUUAACAGAACUUAACGACUACAGACCUGUGGCGCUAACGUCUGUGGUCAUGAAGUCGUUUAAAAAAGUGGUUCUGGCUUAUCUGAAGAACAUCACUGGACCCUUACUGGACCCCCUGCAGUUUGCCUACCGAGCAAACAGACCAGGGACUUAUGUGAGGAUCCUGUUUGUGGAGUUCAGUUUGGCCUUCAACACCAUCAUUCCUACACUCCUCCAGACCAAACUAAACCAGCUCUCUGUUCCUAGCUCUAUCUGUCAAUGGAUCACCAGCUUUCUGACACAUAGGCAACAGCUGGUGAGACUGGGGAAAUUGAUGUCAAGCAGCCGCACCACCAACACUGGCGCUCCUCAGGGAUGUGUUCUCUCUCCACUGCUCUUCUCCCUUUACACCAAUGACUGCACCUCCAAAGACCUCUCUGUCAAGCUCCUGAAGUUUGCAGAUGACACCACACUCAUCGGCCUCAUUCAGGAUGGUGAAGAGUCUGUCUACAGACAGGAGGUUGAAGAGUUGGCUGUAUGGUGCCGUCAUAACAACCUGGAGUUCAACACGCUCAAAACAGUGGAGAUGAUCAUAGACUUCAGGAGAAACCCCCCUGCACUUCCCCCUCUCAGCAUCAUGGACAGCACUGUAGCUACAGUGGAGACAUUCAAGUUCCUGGGAUCUGUCAUCUCCCAGGACUUGAAAUCAAAACUGCAUUUAUGUUGCAAUGCCACAGGUUUAUUAUAUCUGACAAAGAAGAACACAGCUGUGAAUCAAACUAUAACAUAUGAGACCUCAAAUAGUGUGUACAAAGUGGGAGCUGCACUUCACAAAAUGCUACCUGAGGAUUUUCCAUGGAGUAGCCGUGGUCAUCUGGGCCGAUGUGCUGUGGUGGGCAAUGGGGGGAUUCUCAAGAACAGCAGUUGUGGAAGAGAGAUUGACAGUGCAGACUUCAUCAUCAGGUUGAACUUGGCACCCAUUAAUGACAGUGAUGUUGGGCUAAAGGCUGAUCUAGUGACCAUCAAUCCCAGUCAGCUCUCUGCAGAUUACAGCAAUAUGGAUGUGAAUCCAGGUCCAUUGGUGCAGCGUGUGAGUGUGUAUGGAAAUGCGUCUCUGAUCAUUCCAGCCUUUGCAUACACAGUUUGCACUGCAGUGUCAAUUAAAACCCUCCAGUUGCUCCAGCCAAUCAGACCUCAGCAGCCCGUGGUUUUCUUUAGUCCCUACUACCUCAAGUCAUUGGAUCGUUUCUGGAAGGGGCGUGGCCUGAAAGAAGAACGCCUCUCCACAGGCUUCAUGUUAGUUAAUGUAGCACUAGAGCUGUGUGAUGAUGUGCAUUUAUAUGGAUUCUGGCCGUUUGACUUUAAUCUAAAGCAGCAGGCACUUCAACAUCAUUAUUAUGACAACAAACCACCCAAACCACUUGUACACGCCAUGCCAGAAGAAUUUGUCCACUUGUCACAGCUUCACAGCCAGGGGGCGCUAACACUGCACCUACAGCCCUGCUUAUAACACACCUUGUCAUAGGGCGACCUUUUCUGAUGUUUCUGAUUUUGCAUUUGUUUGAUGUUUUACCUGAAAAGUUUUGCUUAUUUUUAAAGAGCCAAUGUGAUCAUGUUGUGCUGGUCAGGUGGCAAUAACAAAGAGAGUAAUGUUUUCAUCGUGCAAAGAUAUUAUCCAAACAA